CUCCUGGAAGACGCAGUGGAAGACAAACUUACAGCCGGUACCAAACCCUGGAGUUAGAAAAAGAAUUUCUCUUCAACCCAUAUUUGACAAGAAAGAGAAGAAUUGAAGUUUCUCACGCCCUGGGACUAACCGAGAGACAAGUGAAGAUUUGGUUCCAAAACAGGAGGAUGAAAUGGAAAAAAGAAAAUAAUAAAGAUAAGCUGCCUGGGGCCAGGGAUGAAGAAAAAACGGAAGAAGAAGGGAAUGAAGAAGAGGAAAAAGAAGAGGAGGAAAAAGAAGAAAGCAAGGACUGA